AUGAAUUGGGUUUGGAUUUCAUCAAUUGUUUUUGUCUUUCUGGCCAUUUUCUUCUCAAGAAAAGAAGUAACUUAUAACGAUAUUUUUCUUUUUAAAAGGCCGGUUGAUAAACCAGAUACGAAGGCCAGUUUUCUUGUUUUCACAAAUGAUGCAGAGCUGACUGAGGUAUUACAUUCUAUUCGAAGUAUCGAGGAUCGGUUUAACAAUCGAUUCCAUUAUCCAUGGACCUUUGUCAGUCAAGAAGGUUUUUCGGAAGCGUUCAUUAACUACACAAUUUCGUUUGCUUCUGGAGACUGCAAUUAUGUUACUGCCGCCAAUAUUGAACUCCCAUUGAAUAACAUUGACAAUCACCUCCUCGAACAAGGAAUGGCAAAAUCUCAAGAGGAAAACAUUUCAUACCCCGAUUCUGUUUCUUUUCGCAACUACAACAGAUGGUUGCUGAAUACAUUCUUACGGAACGACUUUCUACAGAAUUUUGAUGUCUUAUGGCGCAUAGAACCAGGUAUCGAGAUUCAUUGUGACAUCAGAGAAAAUCUAUUUCAAUCAUUUCUCGCAUCAAACAUGUAUGCAGCUCCAGCAACAUAUGAGUGCGAGUUCAAACAUCAAGGAAUAUACGAACUUGAAAAGGCUUUUAUAGCAGUUGCAGAACAAAAUAAGCUCCAAAUCAAUCGACAGAGUUUGUGGAUUUCUGAAAAUACUACACAUUAUUGCAAACUUUGGCCAUACAAUGGACUCAUUAGAACGGAACCUUUUCAGAAAGAAAAAAGCAUCAGGAACACUUUGUUCCAGCUUGUCGAGAGUCCAGCAUUGUUCUACAAUCGGUGGACUGAGUCCGAUCUUUUUUCAUUGACAAUCAGCAGGUCUGAUGUGUCUUCAUGUUUGUACAAUAUGUAUUUUACAUACGACACUAAACAGCGUUGUAAUUCAUACCCCGAAAAAACAUUGGAUAGAUGUGCUUGUCCAGAAAAGAUAUACUAGUAAUAGAUUAUAUUAACCAAUUAACCUA